UUACAGCUAACAAUUCUUCUGACCGAAUUGAAGUAGGCUGGCUGAGCCAACCACUUUGCAGGGUUUUAACCGGUUACGCUAACCGAGCUGAUGCAGGCUGGCUAAGCCCACCACAAUGCUAGGUUUUUAACCGGCAGUUUACCCUGUGUCCGUGUGUGCCUGGGCCAGUCGUGCGUUCUCGCUGCCCCAUUGCAUCAUCGCCGCCUACUGCAGGCAGCUUACCCUGUGUCCGUGUGUGGCUGGGCCAGUCGAGCAUUCUCGCUGCCCUGUUGCGUCAUCGCCGCUUGCCGCAGGCAGCUUACCCUGUGUCCAUGUGUGGCUUGGCCAGUCGAGCGUUCUCGAUGCCCCAUUGCAUCAUCGCCGCUUGCCGCAGGCAGCUUACCCUGUGUCCGUGUGUGGCUGGGUCCAGUCGAGCGUUCUCGCUGCCCCGUUGCGUCAUCGCCGCUUGCUGGUUCACCGCUGAGACACACCAUUGUUUUCUUUUACUAGAAAAAAGCAAGACAUGGAUUCUGCAGCAACAAAAGCGAACGUUAAAGCAGAGGACAAGGUCGUCAUUUUAGAAGAAUACCAGCCUAUAGAUUGUGAACCAGAGAAAUCUAAACAGGAGCUACCCAAAAGAGAAACUCGCCAGUCCGUGAAAAAGACUGAAGCAUCUGCUGGAGACCACACGAUAUCUGACGAGAAAAAGACUGAUGCACCUGACCUAGAUGGCACGACCUUGGACAUGGUGAGUCUGGAUUUUAAGAAAUUUUCUGUUAAGCCUAUCUGCAUGGCGGUACAAAAUAGAUUAAUCAUUUUAUUUUAUUUUAACUUGACAGAUUGCAUGUGCAGAGCCAAGUAUUAUGCAAAAGAAGUAAUUUCUGCAACAUUGAAAGGCCUUAUCGCUAAAAAGAAAGAUGAUUUAAAACCUGAUGUUAAAGAAUUAAUUUGUGACAUUGAAAGGCUUACUGAAAGAAUGCCUGGCUUAGUGGAGUGUUUCCUUUUUUCAGACAGAAGGGCUGAUGUAAAAAGCAUACCGGCUAUUUCACGCGUGACUAGAUGUAUCUAUAGAUCAAUAGGGAAAACUAUUCCUGUAAUGACACGUGAUACAUUUUUGUGUCUUUUAAGCCGCGUAGCCUAUAUCUGCUCCAACACUGAGGACGAUUCUGUUGAGAAAGCUAUCCAGAUGGCUUCUGAAAUAUUGUCCAGAAUUCUGUUAUGUUUUACCGAUAGCCCGUUAGGAAUAUGUGUUUUUCGUGUGGGAAUAUAACUUUUCUUUUUUCCCUAUAUUAGAGUGACUUUAAGAUGGCCGGUGAGGUCUUUAAACACGUUGUAAAAAAUUGUUCAACUUCUUCAAGUCUGAAGUCUCAAGACUUGUGUGUAAUUUCCCAAACACUUGUCAUCCAUCACAGUCACAGAGCCGGAUUGAUUUUAAUGAAGCAUUGUGUGAACGCUGUUGUAGCUUCUGUGGUUAGUACCUGUGUAAGGGAUGUAUUAAUGGGGUCUUGUUUAGCAUGCUGUUUGGGUGACGAAUCUCAGGAUGGACACACUUGUCUUUUACUAGAAUCUGAUUCUGAGGAAAUGCACCCUUGUGUUUCCAGCAUCUGUCAACAGAUCAGUAUUAAAAGAUUAAUUCAAAUGGUAUUUUCUAUGGUUAAACCCUUGUGUGGAUUAAGAAUUGUGAAACCGACUAAAAUUCAUAUUCUUAACUGUCUGAAGCAGUUUGUUGUCAUAGUAAACACUUUUCAGCUUAUAUAACAAAACCCAAGAUUCGGGCAGAAGCUUUUCAACUUGUCUCUAAUCACCAUUACAGUUAUUUUUUAAAGCCAACAUUGAUUUACAGAAAUCUAAUCAAAAUGCAUUAUCCAUGCUAAACAAGACCUGUUUGUGUUAUAUUUUCUGUUGACUAACGUUGUAUUUUGUUUUGUUGUGUUGUCAGACCAAGACUCGGCAGCUAGAACAAGGAAAACCAGGUCCCCACCCAUCGUGACACUUAAUACAACCUAUAGAACGUUUUCUCCCUAUAUUAUAUCUGCUAGAAAAAGAUUCAUUAUGACCAUAAUCGGUCGCUCAGUCGUCUGGGCUUAUGUGUUUAGCUCUGUUGAACAUUUAGGGGUAAAAUGUGAUGAAUGUCAAGAGAACAAAUGCAUACCAGAUGGACAUAUUUGUAAUAUCUGGUUCACUAAACCAUUUAUUGCAUAUUAACAUAGCUUAUUUAUGCUCGAAAAAGCUAGAAAGGAUAGACUUGUGCCCUGUGUGCGUGCUUUGCUAAAAAUAUAUAAUCUCCCUUGUUUUCGUAAAGCUAUCAAGAAUGAUGUGGAUGAUAUUAUAGCAGAGUUUGAGAAGGGAGAGAUACCCAUUGAUGCUUACGCACAACUAAUUCAGCCUGUGAAGACCAGCUUUAUGUGGUCGGCUCUGUUCCAAACAGAGAAAAUAGGCUUGCAUAAUUUAGUGAAAUACAAAUAUAUUAAACAUGUGCUGGCUUAAACAUUUUAUUUUAGAUGUAUUACCAGCCCACUGAUGGGUUGGGACCUGGUUUGCAAUUUGAUUUGUGUUCAUCCGUGUAUACAAUUCUUGUGUUUUCGCUUCUUUUCAAUUGAAUUGCUAAUCAGUAUACAAACAAGCUUGUGUGACUAUUUUACAACUGUUUCUCCUGCUUUUAUUCAUACUUUUAAGCAAUUAGUGUAUAACAGUGUGUAACCCCUGAAA